AUGGGCCUCUUUCGCUUAAAGAUGGGCGAAAAGCACCAUGAAGAAGCACUGCAUCAUUUCGAAUGGUUAAAUCCAGAUGACACUUCAGAAAAUGCUCGCAUUUUUGACUACGGUGAUCUUUUCAGAGAGGUUGCGGAUGCCUUGCAGAAAGUAGGCUUGUUCCAGGAAGCCUUUCGGUUCUACUCGCCGAUUCAACAAACGACCGAACAUGCGGAUCUCGGUUAUUUCAUGGCAAUGGCGAACUGUUGCGUGGCGUUGGGCAAGGCAGAAGACGCAGAAGCUUACUAUCUUACGGUGGCUGAAAACGACCCAAGGCACAUGGAAUGCCGUGUAAGACUGGCGACUCUCUACGAGGGAGACUUUGGCAUGAACGACGAGGCCCUGAAGUAUAUCAACGAAGCCUUGUUGAUCGGUCGACAGGAAGGCAGGACUCGGCGAAGGAAGCGAGAUGAUAAUAGGCUUGAACAGCUCGCUAUUGAGUUCCAAAGGGGUCCUCGUCCCGUGGGCUCACCGCUGGCCGGAACUGAACCGACUGGCAAUGGAGAUCGUUCCAAGAAUGCACAGAACAGAACAGACGACAUCCGGUUCCUGUUCGAUAAAUUAAAGGAGCUUCAUCCCUUCAUUAAAAAAGGAGACUCGGAUGUGGUCGAAGAUUGGCUUGACAUCGCUGAUGCUCUCCUGCGAGAUUUCAGGACCAACCGAAUUUUCUAUCCUAUGGCCCGGACGAUGGAAUUCCAGGGAUAUACUGGCGACUCACAACGAAAGGGCAAAAAGGGUCGUACGUUGCUCGACGAAGCGCAAGAGAUAGCCGUACGUCUACAAAAGGCAAUGGGUGACGGCACUACCGAGGAGGACUGGUCGGAUACCAUUCCAACCGAUUACCAUGGCAUUCCCUUCGACGAAUGGCUCGAUAUUUUCCUCGAGUAUUCUCUUCUUACGACCAAGCAGGGCGAUCCAGAAGAAGCAUACGAUGCACUAGACGGAGCAGCAACUGCAAGCAUUUGGUUUCAUUCCAAACCCAAGUCUCGAUUGAUUCACACCUGUUGGUUCACCUGUGCACUUCAUGCCCAAGACGAAGAAGCUCUCGCUGGCGAGGCCCGGUGGUUUAUGAAGGAAUAUCAGUUUGUGACAGAUACCUAUCGUUUAUUUGCCAUGCUGAGCAACCUGGCCGGCGAUCCCCACAAAUCCUUAUUUCACUCUUCCCCAAACAUGAAAUUCAUGCUUCGCCAGAUCAAAGCAAUGGACUUUACCUUGCCCGGGAUGCCUCAAAGCCCCAGCCUCGACACCGAGGAACUGGAUGUCGCCCUCCUUGUGCUUUACGGCCAUAUUCUGUAUUCCGGAAACAGCUUCUACCCGGCCCUGAACUACUUUUUCCGCGCAUAUGCUCUGGACGAUCAAAACCCAGCCGUCCUUCUCUCCAUUGGACUGUGCUUCAUUCACCACUCUAUGAAACGGCAGGCUGAAAAUCGGCACUACCUCAUCAUGCAGGGCUUAUCUUUCAUGGACGAAUAUCGUCGCGUUCGUGAGAAAGCCGGAACUCCUCUGCAGGAGAAGCAAGAAAUGGAGUUUAACUUUGCACGUGUGUGGCACAGUCUCGGAUUGCUUCAUUUGGCAGUAAAUGGAUACCAAAAGGUCCUCGACCUCAGCAAGAGAAUUCAGGAAGAAAACCAGCAGUUGGUCGAGAACCAUGCUGAAGACGGUGGGGACAUCGAUACGGUCAUGGGCGAGGCAGAUACCCCUCUCCGAAAUUCCACGCAGGAGUCCCGGCGUUUUGUUGAAGAUUUCUCUCCUGAAGCCGCCUAUGCCCUGCAGUGUAUCCAUGUUCUCAGCGGAGAUUCGAAGACUGCCAAGGGUGUUACUGACCAAUGGCUUGUUGUUUGA